AACCCUGAAGUAGUUCCUCGGAGUGGCUUCGGAAUACAGUCUCUGUUACCCCACAGCUAAUAAUACGCUUUAACCUCAGGAUGAAUCGAUUUAACGGAAAUGUGAUUUUGUUCAGAGCCUGGCAGCAAGUACAGUCCAGUGGUGUUGAAUUAGAUUAAAGCUUUGGCAGUCAGCGUGAAGGAUGGAAAUGUCCUUUGUGUGGUCAGAAAACGUCUCAGUUCCAAAAUGAACCCCUCACUCGGCUGCUGCCCGUCACAUGCUAGGAUACACAGGUGGCAGCCUUCAGACAGUCUUCAGAUCUUUGGUAGUACAAAAUGCUAGCUACUCUUUUUUUCUUUUGCUUUUAAGAUUUAUUUUUAUUUGCAUGCAUGUGUUUGUGUGAGUAUCUGCCUCGUGGGAGCAGGUGCCUGAGGUCAAUGGAAGGGGGAUAUCAGAUCCCCUGGAGCCAGAGUCAUAGGUAACUCGGGGCCACCCAGGUGGGUGCCGGGAACCAAAGUUGGCCCCUCUGGAAGUGCAGUAAGCACUCUUCACUGCCAUUCCUCCAGCUCCCCUGUUACUAUUCUUACUGGUGAUAAGAAGGAAAGGAAGGCUCCCCUUUAGCAAGGAGGCCGAUAUUCCAAAGUGCGGACGGGAAGAAGCUGAAUGCUCGGUUGAGGCUGACCCUCAGAUUCUGAGCCCCAGGGUAGACUGGAGCCAGGGCUGGUGGCAUGAAGCCACUGUAGAAAGACCACAUCUAACAUGCAGGAAUAGGGGAAGGCUUAGCGUGGGGCAGAGAGAGCUGCCAUUUUGUUUCCAGAGUUCUGGGUCACCUCAGAGGCACGGGCAACUGGAGGUCAUGUUUCUCAAGUGAACCUUUGAUCUGCCCUAGCCCCCCAUUAUUGGUUAACCUCUGUAUUAGUUGGUGUAAGUGAGGGAGGCCAUAGUAUCGUGCUGUGUAUGUUCUUUUCUCCAGUAUGACCUCUUGGAUGAACAGAUCAAGUGGGGUCAGGACUCCCAUCCCUUAUUCUGUUCUUUGACCACUUGAAAAAAAUCCGUGUACAGACAGCAGUUCCCUCUCUCAUCCCUCCCCCAACUUUUCCACCCCCUCCAUGAGCCAAAGGUCAGCUAAAGUUGGCUCUGGAGGAAGGCUGAUAAGGAGUCCCGGGCAACGGCACCUCUCCAGGUUAGAGACAAGGAGUGUUCCAGUCUGAUGGGCAGGCCCAACGGCUAGCAAGGUUGUACCCCGAUGUGGGUCUUCAGGUCAGGCCCCCUAUUCUGUAGAAGGCAGGACAGGGCGAUUGUGUGGACCCCAUUCCCUCCCCAUGGUCCUCAUGCUGUUCUAUACCAUGGAGGCCGAUGACUGAAAAGGACAAAGCCCAUCCGCUAGGUCUGGAGAGCACGUGUGUACAAAGAGGUCUUGCUUCUGCAGUAAGAAGAAGAAGAGAGAGAGUCUCAGAUGCCAGUGUUCUGUGCUCCUAAGGCAGCCUGAGAACAAGGCCUUAGGAUGAUAAUUUUUAAGAAGCUUGCCUCUUCCCGACUGCGCAUUCCGAUAAUUUGAGCAGCACUAACAGGGGGGCACAGCAUGCGUCCUGACUGGGCAGCCCUUCGACACCAUGAAGGUGAAGAUGCAGACAUUUCCAGACCUCUACCGCGGCCUCACUGACUGCUGCCUGAGGACCUACUCCCAGGUGGGCUUCAGAGGCUUCUACAAGGGGACCAGCCCCGCACUGAUCGCCAAUAUCGCAGAGAACUCGGUGCUUUUCAUGUGUUACGGCUUCUGCCAGCAGGUGGUCCGCAAAGUGGUUGGAUUGGACCGGCAGGCAAAACUGAGUGACCUUCAGAACGCAGCUGCUGGCUCCUUUGCUUCUGCUUUUGCCGCUCUGGUUCUCUGCCCUACAGAGCUUGUGAAGUGCCGGCUACAGACCAUGUAUGAAAUGGAGACGUCGGGAAAGAUAGCGGCCAGCCAGAAUACAGUUUGGUCAGUCGUGAAGGAAAUCUUCAGGAAGGAUGGCCCCCUGGGUUUCUACCAUGGCCUCUCAAGCACUUUACUUCGAGAAGUACCAGGCUAUUUCUUCUUCUUUGGUGGCUAUGAACUGAGCAGAUCAUUUUUCGCAUCAGGGAGAUCCAAAGAUGAACUGGGUCCUAUCCCGCUCAUGCUAAGUGGUGGAUUUGGUGGGAUUUGCCUGUGGCUUGCUGUGUAUCCGGUGGAUUGUAUCAAAUCUAGAAUUCAAGUUCUUUCUAUGACCGGAAAGCAGACGGGACUCAUCAGAACCUUCCUGAGUAUCGUAAAGAAUGAAGGAAUAACAGCCUUGUAUUCUGGACUGAAACCCACCAUGAUCCGCGCUUUCCCUGCCAACGGGGCACUGUUUUUGGCCUACGAGUAUAGCAGGAAGUUGAUGAUGAGCCAACUGGAAGCAUGCUGAAGUGUCCUGGUGUGCCUGGAGUCAAGGCAGGCGUUUAGCGACUGGUUAACUCAGGGUUUCACGGAGUACAAGAACAAUGUGGAAUUAUGUGAUUCAUUGGGACUUUGUCCUUGUCUUCCCUUCUUCUAUUCAAAGUCUUGGAUUUUGUGGAUGGUCCUCUGUUCUACACAGUGUAAUUUCUGCCUGUUACUGAACCAAAACAGAAAAGUCACUGUUCUCGUCCUUGGCCUCAUGCACAGGGGAGCUGGUGGCCUCAUGCACUGGCUUUAUGUACCUUGUGCAGGCCCUGUUCCUCUCAGGAUAACUUCCGUGGAAGUCAGCUGUACACAUGCAAUUUAGAUGGUCCUGUCGUGAGGAAAACAAAUUUUUGUUCUAUGUUUAACUGCAAACGGUGACCAAUUUUUACGUAGGUGGUUGUAAAUGAUUGCCUAACACAUCCUAGCUAGAGGGCCGCUGCUAAAAGCCGCUGAGCCUGUGCACUAAGAGGUUAGAGCUUUUGACUUUUUGUGGUAUAUUAAAGCUAAAAUACCCAUCUAUAUUUUUAGAUAAACUUAUACGCGUAGUUGUGUGGCUUCUACGUUCCUGAUGAAGUUUCAGGGUGGAUGUCCUGGUUUUUCUCUCACGAUGCCCAUUCCCCUCCCAGUGCAGUUCAUCAUCCAGGUGGGCUUCUCAUUCUGCACUCUGGUACUGGGAGGUGCGGCCAGAGCGUUAGACCUCUGGAGGGCAGCAGAGGACUCAACAGAUCCCUUCUCACUGAGCACUUCCUCCCUCUGUGCUACUCCUGAAAGACAGGGACUGCCUGCCAUGCCCUCAGAAAACCAACACAGGUUCUUACCUAGUCUCCACAGGAACCCAGGGUGCUCUUUGGGACUGGAUCUGAGGCCACUGUCUCAAUGUCUCCACCAAUCUCCUUUCAGGAGGCAGAGAGGAAGACUGGGCUCCCUGCUUUGAUCACAGGGUUCUACUAAUUAGGAAAUCCAAAGGAGCUCAUUAAUUAGAUAACCUUCCUGAAGUUCGAUUUCGGGUCCAUAGCUCCUUGAUUUGCUUCUUUAUUUGGAGCUGGUAGUUUAUCAAUUUCAGUGACUGUAGAUGAUACAUAACUUUGGAAAGCAUUGUGGCAUAAUAAAAAUAUUUUUAUUAAACUAGGUACCAUGUAUGUAGCAACCAAAAAAAAAAAAAAAACAAAAACAAAAACAAAAAAAACCUCCAUCCCCACAUUUCUUCUUACCUCCAGACACAUGGGAUGGAUGAUUCUUUGACUGUGGGGGGUCUUACCAAUACAGAGAUCAGGCACAUUGUCUACUACUCGGAGACCAGGAUGAUGGCAGGAGGAGCUCUUCCUACUCUGCCUGUACAGCUGAAGGAAGUUGGUUGGCCUUGCCAGGGUGCCUGAAGCACAGGGGUCAGGAAAGCAAAGGACUUCUCAAAAGGGAGGGACGCCUGUCAGCAUUCCUGGAGAAAGCUCUGUCUACUCCAGUGUUCUCUGUUCUUGUAUGGUCAACGGCUGCCUAGUGCCUGAGUGCCGCUUCAUCUGAGCAGGUCAGGAUUGACGCAAACAUAGGAUUGGUAUCCUGCAGGAAGAGGGCUGGCCAAAGCCGAGCUGUCCCUCUUCGGUCUGGUGCACAUUAGCCUUGUUGGCAGUGUGUCUCCUCAGCCUGUGCGUUACGGUCUCUCUCAUAGAAAUAGGAACAAGGGGAAGUUAAAGACAGAGGCCUAAGGAGAUAAUUUAAAAAAAAAAACAACUAUCUUUCUGUUGGUUUGAUUUGUGCUUUUCUGUUUGGGUGCAACAUUGUGUUUGAGGCAAAGCUAGAACUUUGAGAUAUUUUAUUUAAAGAAGCGAGUGCUCUGUUAUUAAAUAAACCUAAUGUGGGUCUAUGAUGAGUUUCACUUAAAUGCAGUCUAUUUAUAUUAAGGACCAAUAUUAAAGAGUUAUGGAUAAUAAUACUUCAAAGUGGUGGUUGCAUUGGAAUAAGUGUACGUCUUGUCAGCUAGAUUCCUGGUGUAAAAUAAUUUUACUGUAGGCAAGUUGACAGAAAAAAAACAUCACCUCUGUACUCUAUAGCCCAUUAAAAUUGUGUCCUGCCUCCACCAGUGUGGUGGUUUGAAUGAAUAUGGGAUCAUGGUCUCAUAUUUGGAGGUUAGGUCACCAGGGAUUGGAACCGUUUGAUAGGAUUAGAAGGAUUGGGAGGCAUGGCCUCUGGGAGGAUGUGCGACCCUGUGGGUGGUCUUUGAGGUUCUAUAAGCCCAUUCCAGGCCCAGUCUGCCCCUGCUGCCUGGGCUCAGACUGUAAAGCUCAACCCCAGAGUUUGCCUGCCCGAGUGCUCCCUGCUGUGAUAAUGGACUGACCCUCUGAAACUGUAAGCGAGCGCCCAUUAAAUGCUUUCCUUUCUAAGA